UCAAAGGGCGUUGCCAUGGUGAUUGCGUUGUACCCUGAAGCCAUGGAGUACACAGGCAGCAGUUACAUCGGGGACUAUCACAAUGGCAGGAUGGAGGGCAAUGGGGUGUAUACGCUGCCAACAGAAACAAGAUAUGAGGGAGGAAUGAAAGAUGGCAUGUUUCAUGGCAAUGGAACCCUAUACUUUCCAAAUGGAAGCAAAUAUGUCGCUUCCUGGGACAGAGGUGCUGUAAUACAGGGUAGCUACAUAUUUGCAGAUGGAUUGGAAUAUGAAGAAGAUGAUUGGACAUAUUGUGAUCACUAUGACAGACGCUUUUACACUGAAAUAUGUAAUGGAUUGAAACCAGCAGGUCGAUCUCAACUCACAAACCUGGAUCCACCUAGAACAAUUCCAGAAGGACAUUAUGAUUGUGGUGAUGGCUUUUAUAACCCAUUAACCAGAGUAAUCACUGGUUACGAUCGUGAAUUUCUUCGUAAUGCUGAUGAUGAUGAGCAUGAAUGGAUAGUCCGGACCUGUCGGAAGGGUUGGGAUCAGAUAACGGGAUACAAGCCUGAACUGCACCAGCAACAACUACCCAGAUACUCUUCAUGAUUGAGGGUGAACAUAUGGUACCCAUGAUAAUGCCUCACUGUAUCCUCAUUCCUUUGGUGUUCUACAACAAAUGCUAAAGAUGUUGUUUAAUUUGAAUACUUCUCAUACUUUAUCUUCUACUUUAGGAUAAUAAAUUGAUUCAACAAUUCACUUUAUAAAAUUAAAUUUCAUUUCAUUGGAGAGUCUAGUAAAAUAUUAACUGCAGUCUUUCCUGAGUCUUUAGGAUUAUGUAAGACAUGAUCCAUAAAAUUACAAUUUAACAUUUUUUUUCUUUUGAUAACUAUUAAACACAAUUUUGAUAAUGAUAGACAUAUUCAAGAAGUAAAUUGAACAGUAGUUACGCUGAUGUGUAUAUAGGUGUACUUGAUAUUUGUUAUAUAAAUUUGUUCUGCUAAAGUUGCGGUUGAUCCCCAAUCUGGUUAGCCUAAAGUAAAUUAUCCCUAUUGUACUGAUUUACAGGAUUACCAAUUUAAGUCAAAUCCAGACCCCAAAUGAGAUCCUCUGAGAUUCAUGAUUAUUAAUUGUAAUUUUGAUUUGCAUUAUUUUCUUUGAAUGCUGUUAAUAUUUUCCUGGCAAUAGUUAAGGAUAGCUGCUCCAUUUUAUAGAUAUGAUUGUGAGGUGGAAAUAUUGUGCUUCAGUGGUCACAUACGCCUACACAACUGUUCACCAGUAAAAAGUAAUUAAUUGCAAUUGUGGUGGAAUUGAAAUGAUAUAUUACGUUGAAAUGAUAUAUUAUACAUAACCUCUAUAUAAAGCAUAUAUACAUUUAUAUUUUGCUACACUUGCUCAACCAAUUAAUUUAUCAAUUUUAACUAAUUAACAUAACAGCUUUGACAAAUCAGAGCUGAUAGUCAUUCACGACUGUUUAUUGGGUACAUGAGCCUUUUCUCAGUCAUAUGUGUUCCAACAAAAGGUUAUCAAACUACUUGUCCAAAAAACAUAAUGACUCGUAUUACAUCCUUUGUCAGCCCUGAAUUUAGUAGAAGAGUGCAGCUGGACUAAAUUAUUUAUAUUAUAAACCUGUUCGUGCUCCAUGUCUGUCACAAAAUUGGAAGGAGAUUCAUAAGUUGAUUCUUAGGGAGGAAAUCAAUUCUAGUUCAUUUUGGAUAUAAAAAUAAUAAAUGUUUCUGGCGUCAGUGCAUGAAUGUAGUAUCUCAUUCUGUGGUCGGGAGGGUGGGAAAUCAGCCACAUCCUAUGCUGCACUGGCCAAUAGUGUACGGAGCUGUAACAGGGGAGGUGAUCUCAGAGGACCAUGUAUGGUACUGGUAACAGAACAGUACAAUCUUGUGUACCAGGAUCAGCAGAAUUGUUCCUCAUGGACCUGAGGAAAUGAAAGGGAAAAAGAUUCAACUGCUUUCAUGACUACUGAUUGGGCUGUUAUAUGCCAAAGAGCACUAAGUGGAACAAGUGUGGUGCUGGCCUCCCCACUGACCUACCCACAUAAUAUUGGGAUCUGAGAAUGAGUCUAGAAGCCUCACUUAAUUUUUUUUAAAAGUGUUAGCCAAUUAUUUUGUUUCUCAGUGUGAAUGACAAAAGACAAUAUGUCCCUGUGAGCUGGAAUUGCAGUACUGGAAUGCAAUUGGCCCCAGUGCCUCGAGGCUGUGGGAGGCAGUUGCAGAGGGGAGGAAAACUCAAAAAGUUUCUUGCUAACUAUUGACCACUUCUGGAAAACCUACGUGUUUUCAUAAUGCGUAACCACAGUACUUGGAAAAGUAUGAGGUCUACCACAGCUGCAUAGUCCAAUCAUUAUGCAGGCUGACACAUGGAGAAUGUCCAAAUAAGCAAGGUGUCAGAGUGGACAUUAUUUUAAUCUUCUAGUUUCGAUCCACAGUAAUUAAUGACUUGAAAUUUCAAUGUCUUUUCCUGCUCCCCAUAAGACUGAAACUUCAUAAACUAGAAAGGGCUUUUAGUAAAAAAAAAAAUCAGUGCAGUGAGACAAAUGCAAACAUCUAGCGACUACAUAACAGGUUUCGUCCACAAGUAUGUCUCAAAAAUGCAGAGAAAAGCUAUUGAUCUAAGAGAGUUACACUCCUGAAACUCUUCAUUGUUUGAUGUAAAAGAAAACAUUUUUGGGGAUAUGAGUCAUUAUAAAUUUGGACAUAAAACAGUUUUUAUUAGGACCAAUAACAUUUAUCAAAAUGGUGGUUAGGAACAUACAACUCAGUGCAAUACUGGACCAAUUUAAAUUACCUCCUCAAAUAAUUUUAUGAACAAGGCUCUGUUGUUAGAGGAUUUAUGAUGUUAGUAAUUGUGCAUUGUGUAAACAAAACAAGGGUACUGUUUGUUCCAAUGGUGAAAUUGUUUCCUGUAAUAUAGUAGAGCUUUAAAUCACAG